UGUGAUUGGGCUCUGCAAUUGGGAGCUUUAUCUGGCCCGAUGAGGUAUGUCGCCAUCAACCCUAUACGGCUGAAGUGAAGACACGAAGUACGUCUCUCCUCUUCACGCGGCGGGAGGCGGUGACGUUUGCGCUUCUUCUCACGACUGAUAGUAUUAGAAAACCGAUGAAACCGAUGAAACUUAAUCGAUUCCUCAGCUUGAAACCCUAUAUAUAUGUCUCCUCGCAUUUUGCUUUCACUAAACUCAGGGAAUCCAGAUAAUCAUCAGCAUCAAUGGCAGAUCCAUUUCACAAAUGUCUCUCUUUCUUCGUUUUCUCUUGGACUACCAGCUCAGAGAAUCCAGAUUAUAAUGUUAACAAUAUUUAUUGUGACGGUUUUCAUCUCCGCCUUUAAUAUUUUAGAUUUUUUAGCUUCUGAUUUGAGAUCUUAUUUCGCUUGAAUUGCAAAUACGUCUCUGUUUUUCUGACGUCUCUGUUUUUUGCAGUAUCUGUUUUUGUUAUUUUCCAGUGUUUUUUUGUAUAUUUUUAUAUAGUUUCUUUUUAUUUUAUUUUUGACAAACACUGUUUUAGAUUAUUGGAUUUGACUUUUGCAGUUUUUUUAACCCCCCAAUGUUACUUUCCGGCAUGUUCAUGGUUUAGAUGCUUUGGUCGUAUCCGCUUUGUUUAGGUCCUUAUGCGAAUAUUGUUUGUAAUAUUUAGGUGCUCUUGAUAUUUUUUGAUUGAUCUGAGUUAUAGUUGAAGUUUAGAUCUGUUCAAUCAUCCUGGAUCCAUUGUAUACACGUGUAAAUUGGGAGCUGUAGUUGAGAAUCUAUACCCGUGUAUGCAAGUUCUUUACAUUACAUUUUUUCACUUUUAAAAAAAAUUAUCAGAAUCUUCUUAGUGGGCUUGGGUUCUUGGAUGCAGGGGGAUGAAAAAUCGAUGUCAAGGAGACAGUGGAUGAUGACAUGUGUGUGCUUACCUCCAGAUUUAAUUACCAAUGCUUAUACCUUUGUCUCUGUACAUAACGCAGCCGCUUUAGAUAAGAAACCAGGAGUAUGCCGUCAGGGCAUUGGUGCUGUUCUCUGUGAUAUGAGUGGUGGUGCAGGAAAAUGGAAAGCUCUAAGCCAAAAACGUGCCAAAGAUGUAUAUGAGUUUACAGAAUGUCCAAACUGUUACGGUCGAGGGGAACUUUUUUGUCCGGUCUGUUUGGGUACAGGUUUACCAAACAAUAAAGGACUUCUUAGAAGGCCUGGUGCUCAUGAGCUAUUCGAUACAAUGUACAAUGGUCUUCUUCUUCUCAAUUUAGGAGCAGAGGCAAUAGUUAUGAUUAUAGAAGAGGAAGAAAAGUAAUACAUUGGGGAUGCAUGGAAAGCUAGAGAAUGGGAUGCAAGAAUAUGUUUUUGUAAUGCUGCUAGCUUUGUGUUGUUAAUUCUUUAUUGACCAAAGAGUUUUCAUCUUCCUUAGACAGUCUAGACGACUUGAUUUCACAUUCCCUACAUGAAUGACAACGAUACAAACCAUAGUCCUCAGACAUGAACCAGUCCCUGAGAAUAACCCUUUUAUGUAUGCAAUUGAAGAAA